AGAAGGGGAGGUGUUCAUCAGCUGGGGCAGACUGUAUAUAAACUGUGGUGAGCUGAACCAUCCGACAACUGCGCCAUAGCAUCGUUUGUGUUCCUGUCACCGCCAAAAAGACUUCAAGUUUUUCGAAGGAAUUUGCUAAAGAUAUCACAAGGCCACUUCUAUCAUGGAUAUAAUCAUCAAGAUGCUAAACGGGACGUCCCGCACCCUAAUGGUGCAACAACAGGACACAGUGGGCUCUCUGAAAAUCCGCAUCCAGAAGGAACUAGGAGUUCAAUGUGAGACCCAGAGGCUGAUCUUUGUGAACGGCCUGAGCACUCCUCUCACCGACGACUCCAUGUCCCUCAGCUCCUACGGCUUGCACUCCGGCGCCAUGGUGUCCCUGCUGGUGACCCAGCCGGCCACCAUCCAGGUGUUCCUCAGAAACGAAAAGGGGAAGGUGAGCACAUACGACAUCAAACCCGACGAGACGGUGAGCAACUUCAGGAGCAGGGUCGAGUGCAGAGAGGGGAUCACGGCGAACCAGCAGAGGCUCAUUCACCAAGGCAGAGAGAUGAAUCAGGGGAAACUUUCAGAUUACAACGUCUGCUCGCUGAGUACCAUCGACCUGACGCUCCGCCUGAGAGGAGGCUGAGGACACUUCUGCUACAAUCUAGAAAGUUCUGUACGUUCCUUUUUUUUUCUAAAUGAAAAACACGUAGCCUCAAGAGGAGGCGGAGGACACUUCUGCUACAAUCUAGAAAGUUCUGUACGUUCCUUUUUUUUUCUAAAUGAAAAACACGUAGCCUCAAGAGGAGGCGGAGGACACUUCUGCUUUAAUCUAGAAAGUUCUGUACGUUCCUUUAUUUUUAUCUAAUUGAAAAACACGUAGCCUCAAGUGUCAUAUGUCUUUUAUUUAUUUCUAUUUUAAUUGUAAAAAAUCAAGACAUUCCUCGAAGUGUAAUUGUGCCAUAUCUUAAAAACUUGUUUAGGCUUUAUUCAGUAUUUGUUUUUUCCAGUAAAAUAUGUUAUACACACAACAAAGCAUAUUAUUAUCUUAUUUUCACACGUUUUAAUCAGGUAACGUUAUUUGUACACUGUUAAAAAUAUAAUAAAGUUCUAAAUGUAAA